UUGCCGAAUGACGUUGCAAGAGGUGAGACAGUUGUUUUGGCAUCGUGUAGUGUGAUGGGCAACGGUUAGUAUACUCGGCGUUCUAGUCGCGUACGGUGUGCAUUAUGGUGUCUUUAUUUGACUUCUAACAUAACAUACCGUAAGUGAGAUUCGAGUGAUUGAAAUAUAUCGUUUUCGGUACUUUAAUCGAAGGUAAAUGUGUGAAAUAUGACUAGAAACAUGUCGCGGCACGUCACGUGACCGCCGCCGGACCAAUCGGUGAUGAGUAGACUGCACGUCGACUAUAAAAGGUGCUCUGAGGGUUGUUGUUUUGUGGUUGCGUAGCCAUUGCUGCUGAGGGAACGGUGCCGACAUUUUCAAUCCGAAGGAUAUUAUGGACACGAAGAACCAUCCGGCACUACAAGGAUAUCAGCAGCCAUCUCACAUCAACAACAAAGGGUACUAUGUUGUUAUUUUCAACCUUAGUCGUAUUAUAAGAAGUUAUUUCGGUGGUUUUACCAAACCAUCGGGUAUUACCGUUCCAAGGACAGCCAUCUUUAACGUUUAAGAAUCCAUUAAAAAUCUACCAAAAAGAAGAGUUUAUAAUCCAGGUAUUUUGACGUCGUGAGUCAAUAAAUAAAUAAAAAAAAAUCACUAUAAAAAAAAAUUAAAACGGAACACUACUAGAAAACUUACUUUGUUUUUAAAAGUAUUGUGAUUAAAAAAGAGAUCGUUUUGACUAAACCCCGCCAUGUUCUACCCGAACACGAAAUGACAAAAAAGUCGUUCGAAAUGAGAAAAAGUUUGAUGAUAAAUGACAAAAAGAUGGGAGGUACUCAAGAUGAAAGCAGACAUGAAGUGAAUAGUAACGAUAUGGCAUCUAUCAAAGAGGAAGAACAACCAAGUUUAGAACCCAUAGACGGCAUUGUUCAACCUCCGUGUAUUCCACCUCCUGAUAAGCGCCACCGAAAUAGUAAUCAACUUCAGUUUCUGUUAAAGAAUGUGAUGAAAGCAGUAUGGAAACAUCAAUUUGCUUGGCCUUUUCACGAACCUGUUGACGCUGUUAAAUUAAAUUUACCGGAUUAUCACAAAAUUAUAAAAUGUCCGAUGGAUUUAGGUACGAUUAAAAAACGACUGGAAAGCUGCUGGUAUUAUUCAGCUUCAGAAUGUAUAGAAGAUUUUAAAACUAUGUUCACAAAUUGUUAUGUAUACAAUAAACCUGGUGAAGAUGUUGUUUUUAUGGCACAAACACUUGAAAAAUUAUUUCUGACCAAAAUUACAGAAAUGCCAGAAAAAGAGAUUGAAAUACCUUUGCCACCAUCUAAGUUGUCAGGUAUGAAAGGUAAAGGAAAGAAGAAAGGUGGUGGACGAGGAAGAGCAGCAGCUAGUACAACUACAAGUAUGGCAAAUUCAAUUUCUGCACCUGGAUCAAUCCCCAAUUCCAAUCCUGUCAUUCCAUCAAUUCCUAGUAUACAAACAUCACUACCUCCUCCAAUGAGUACAGUUGCUCCUAGGAGUAUACCCGGUAGUACUAAUACUCCAACUACUCUUACAGCAUCAACUUAUACUGUUUCUCAAAAUACCCAGCAGAUAGUUAAAUCAAAUAACUAUGCAGGUAUGAUAGACUCUCCAUUGGCAGCAUCACCAGCAACUGGAAACACCAGUCAAGAUAGUCAACUAAUUCAGUCAUUAAGCAACACUCCAAACACAUCAAGUAGUAUGGUCCAAACGGCACCUGCGAAGAUGAAAAAAGGAGUGAAAAGAAAAGCAGACACGACUACGCCAACAACAAACUCAGGUUAUGAUUCUGUAUAUCAGCUUCCACCUACGGCCACCACCCCUCCACCUGAUGCAAAAAUGCAGAAAAUUUCAAGGAGGGAAAGUGGAAGACCAAUUAAAAAGCCAUCUAAAGAUUUACCAGAUACUCAAAUAGACUUAACUGUUCGGGGUAAUAAAAGUGGAGUCAAAGAACAGCAUCCUGCAAAAACGAAAAAGGGAAGAUUAACAGAACAAAUGAAAUACUGUAGCAGUAUUUUAAAAGAAUUAUUUGCCAAAAAGCAUGCUGGAUAUGCUUGGCCAUUUUAUAAACCAGUAGAUGCUUUUCGAUUAGGACUUCAUGAUUACCACGAUAUUAUUAAACAUCCCAUGGAUCUAGGAACCGUGAAAGAAAAAAUGGAUAAUAGAGAAUAUAACUCCCAUUAUGACUUUGCUACUGAUGUAAGAUUAAUAUUUACAAAUUGUUAUAAAUAUAACCCUGCUGAUCAUGAAGUUGUUGCAAUGGCAAGAAAAUUACAGGAUGUUUUCGAAAUGCGUUACGCAAAGAUGCCAGAUGAACCUUCAGUAGAGCCAAUUGUUCCAAUCAAUGAUAAAGUGGAAGAUACAAGUAGUAGUAGUUCAUCCUCCUCUUCUGAAAGUUCAUCUAGCAGUGGUUCUGAAGAUAGCGAAGAUGAGAGAGAAAGGAAAUUGCAACAAUUACAAGAACAGUUGCGAAAAGUUACCGAAGAAAUUUCUGUAUUGGCUGGACAGACAAGUAGGAAAAAAGAUAAAAAGAAAAGAAAGAAAAAGAAAAAAGAGAAGGAAGAAGUUAAAGAAACUAAACAGGAGAUAGAUGUCUUGCCUGUUGAUUCAGCUGUUGCCACUCCUCAACCUGCAGCAGUGCCCUCAAAAACUCAAAAACCUGUGAAAAACAAAAACAACACAACCCCUGCCAAAAUGCCUAAUCAGACAAAACAGCCAGGACAAACAAAACGACAAAGAUCAAAUGGAAAAUCUUCCAAAAAAAGUAAAUCUGUUUCUGCUUUUGAUAGUGAAGACGAAGAUAAUGCAAAACCUAUGUCCUAUGAUGAGAAAAGACAGCUUAGUUUAGAUAUAAACAAACUACCUGGUGAUAAACUUGGAAGGGUUGUGCACAUUAUUCAGUCAAGGGAGCCGUCAUUGCGUGAUUCGAAUCCCGAUGAAAUAGAGAUAGAUUUUGAAACAUUAAAGCCAUCUACAUUAAGAGAACUGGAAUCAUAUGUUGCUUCUUGCUUAAGGAAGAAACCCAGAAAACCUUAUCUGACAAAGAAUAAAGGUCCUGGAAAAUCAAAAGAAGAACAGGUGCGAGAGAGGAAACAGGAACUGGAAAAAAGGCUACAGGAUGUUAGCGGUCAGCUAGGAUCUUCGAAGAAAUCUCAAAAGAAAGAUAACGAAAAUUCGCACGUUGAUGUCGUUGGCGGGACGAGCCGUCUUAGCAUGAGUAGUAGCAGUUCCAGUGAUAGUGAUAGCAGCAGCAGUAGUAGCACCAGCAGUUCAUCGGAUAGCAGUGAUUCAGAAUCAGAAUUACACAGGAGGAAACAAAAAACAGAGAAAAGUCAACUUCUCCAGCCUGAUAUUCAGAUGGUUCCAACACCCCAUAACCAAAUAGUUGGACCAACUCAACCACAGUUACCUCUAGGUGGACCAAUGAUGCAUCAAGGCUAUCCACAACCGGCUACGGAUCUUUCAUAUCAACAUCAACAUCAGCAUCAGCAGCCGGCACAUCACUUCCAGCAACCACAACCGCAUCAACCACAUCACUUCCAGUCUCUUCCAGCACAUAUGUCUUCACAAUCAAAUGAACAACAUGUUCUUGCCACUAUGUACCCUAACAUUAAUCAACCAGUACCGCCACAAUCUACACCCGUUUCAAGGCCUCCCGUAGCAAGUCAUAGUUUGCCCCAACAACCUUCUCGUCCUUCUGCUACUGCGACGGCAGCACCCGUCAAGAAAACAAUAAUUCCUACACCGUCUAGACAAGAUACUGUGAUAGAUCCUAACUUACAAGGAGUUUUGUAUACAACUGGUGGACUAACAAAUGCAGCUACAGGGUUACCAAUUCUACCCUCUUCCACUCAAUCAUCAGUGCCAAGUCAGGGACCCGCCACUCCAACUCACGCACCUCAUCUUUCCAUCCCGUCUCCAAAUACUCCAAGUACGUCAACUUCGUUUCCUCCACCACCGAUACUGACACCUGCACCAGAGUUAAAACCUCAUAAUUCUCAAAUCACCGCUCCUACAUCUGCACCCACUCCUCCUCCACCAAAUAUAACAAAAACAAAAGAUAUCAGAAAUGAAGAAUCCAAUUAUGUUCAUUCUAAUUCCAUUCCUUCAACCAGGUUAACUGAAAGUCAUAUGCAGAAUCAAUAUCCAGCAACCAGUACGGUGUCAUCAUUAAGUAUGGGGAGUCAUGAUAAUAAUUUAAUGACUGUAAAUGGAGAGAAGAAAGAUAAUGUCCCUUCUCUCUUAACAUCUAACACUCCAUCAAUGAAAAAGAAUGAGUCCAAACUAAAGAAUUAUGGAUCGUGGUCAAGUCUGGCCCAAGUGGUUUCCAAUAGUCCAAGCACAAGCAAUCCGUCUGUACUGAAAACUUCUGCUAUGGAUAGCUUCCAACAAUUUAAAAAGCAAGCCAUAGAGAAGCGAGAUAGGCAAAGGCAGUUAAUAGAACAACAAGAAUUGAGAAGGCAUCAGAAAGAGCAAGCAGAAAGAGAGAGGAUAAAAUUAGAAAGAGAAAGGCAAAGAGAGCGCGAAGAGGAGGAAGCUUUAGAGCGAGCAAGAAAAGCACAACAAGCUCAACAGCAACAAAUGGAAGAGAUGGCACGCCAACAGGAACAACAAGUUACCCAGAAAGCAACAUCUCCCAGUGUAAGUGAACGUGAGAGGCAAAGAUUAAGGGAACAAGAAAGGAGAAGGCGAGAAGCUAUGGCUGGUCAAAUUGACAUGAAUAGACAAAGUGACAUCAUGGCUACAUUUGAAGAAAUGCUGUGAUUCUUUAAACAGUCCUACUAUGGAUAGAUAAAUAUUUUAUUUCCUUCAAUUGUGAAUAAACUGAGGACAAAGAACUUGUGAUUCUUUGAAAGUUCAUCUCAUUUAUUGCAAAAUAUUUUCCAGACUGUAUUUUGCUUAAAUGGAAAAAAAAUGCAAAAAACAAGUAGAAGAAAGAAGAAUUUAUCAGCUGUUGUUAGAGCAUGAUAAAACUUCAAGGGCAUUUUGGUCACACCGACUGUACAUAAUUACAUACAUCAAGGGGAUCCACAUGUGAACUACAAGGUGGUGUAGGUGAACAUGCUGUAAAUACAGCUUAUAUUAUGUAUUUGUUUAUCAAGUGUGCCUGUGGUAUGCAUGUGCGUAUGACUGUAUCAUGUGUUUAUGUGAUAUAAUUUGUGAGAAGCAUGCAAGCUUCCACAAACCUUACCAUUCCCUGCCUGUUAUAAUGGCUAUGUUAAUUGCUCACCUGCCCGCCAGUUUUUUACAACACAUUGUUGUAUGUGAAUAAUGAAAAAAAUCAAGGUAAUUUGUAUCUUUGUAUAAAAAAACAAAAAAAUUACAAGUGGUCACGGUUGAAUAAUGAACGUUAAAAUGCAGAGUGAGGGGGAAGCGCAGGGCAUUUGUGCCACUAGCUCUGCCUAGUUCUCCAAAAAAAAAAUAUUCAGAGAUGUCUAGAGAGUGUUUUCAUUUUAUGUAUGUAAAGGGAUUAUGAUAUGAAUUCAUUUGCUAGUAUAAUAUGAAUCAUUCUUCUAAAUGCAUAUAAAGGAAUAAAGCAAUCCUCUUCUCACUGUAGAAUUUGUCAUAGAUAAAUAUUUUUUAAUCUCAUAAUUAGCUAAAAAAUGAUCAUUACCAUUGAAGAUACUUCAUCGUUUCCACCUUUCUCCAUCACUCACAUCACGCUGUUCAAAAAUAAUCCACCAGAUGUUCACCUAGUUAUUAUUAAGUCAUGUAUUAUAUUAAUAGUUAGUCAAAGGAGGACAGAUUUACAACAUGCAAUAUUAGGCUUUUGUUUACUCCACGCAACUGCCUCACCUUAAAAGCCAAUUCAGAAUUAAUCCAGAAGAAAUCGUCUUCAUUAUGUUUUUUUCCACGUGCAGCAGAAAGUAUCCACCAGAAGUCGAAAUUAAUUGAAACAAGAGGAUUGCUUGAUUUUUUAAGAGGAAAAAAAAAUUAUUUAAUUGUUUCCAAAUUGAAGAGAGAUCGUGAUCCCCUGGACUCUAAGAAAAUUGUACAGAUAGGAAAGAAUUCUUAUUAUUAUUAUUAUUAUUAAUUAUUAUUAUUAUUAUUAUUAUAUAUAUACAUAUAUAUAUAUAUAUAUUAAUAUCAUUUGGUUGCACGCAGCAUUCGAGGCACGAUUUUCUCGUGCAUUUAAAGUCCAAAAAAAUAUGAAAAAACACACAAAGCAUUUUUCGCCUGAUGAAAGGCUUAGUAACAACACUAGUGCCUGGCAGUUGUUAUUUUUAAUGAGGGGGAAAAAACAAUUAAAUGUACUUAAGAUUGGUGUUGGGGCCAUUGAUUUCUUCUCUUUUAUAUUAUGUAUGUUUAAACUGUAAUUAUUAGUUUUAUCUUUUAAGAAAGAACAUUUCAUAAAAUAGCUUUAUCCUACAUUUAAAGAGUUAAAAAAAAAACAGAAAAAAAUAAUAAUAAUUAUUCUCCUUAGUGUUUAUCUCAUUACAAAUACUUUUUUUUGUAUCAGAGGAAGAUGUUUCAUUUUAUUUUAUUUUUUCUCUCUUUUUUUUUAAUGUUUUGCUCUUUGUAUAAGAGGGCAAAGAAAAAUCAACAAAACACAAAAGACGUGGCUGGCCUACUAUAACUUAUUGAUGUGGAGUGUUGCCAUAUUGAUACAUUCUUUGGUAUCUCAAUAGCCACUCUCAUGCAAUGUAAAUAAUUGAUGUUCCUAGUAAAAUAUCACUUAAGAAUAAUUAUUCCAUGUAGAAAAAAAAAAUACUUGAAAGAAAGUUGACCAGUUUGUUUGAAUGAUUGAAGUAAUGUAAUAAGUUCAGUAAAUGCUCGUAUUAAGGUUUUUAAAUAUAAUUUGAUGUCACUUGCUA